CUUCGAACGUCGCAACCGAUGGCGCUGGUGGUGGCACUAGCGGCAGGGAAGCUGCGGAUGGCAGAGGGCGGAGGCUCUUCAAUCCACGAGGCAGCUUUAUCAAAGAGAGUGCGUAGUAUGGCGUCUGAGCGGUACCACGGCAAAAUAGUGCGUGGACUGAUGAGCGGCACAGCCUGCUUUCAGUCAAUCAAAUGAUGUAUGCCUUUGGAGAUGUCCGCAACCCAAAUCCAGCAGCAGCCGCCAUACUCGAAGAGAUGACCAUCGACUUUCUCAUCGAUCUCUGCAUGCGAGCUCGUCCAUCGCCUCUCGCAGUGCCUCAGGUGGAUCAAUCAUAUCCUCCUGUGGGCAGGCUCAAAGUCAAAGUCGACGAUUUCAAGCACGCCCUGCGCAAGGACCCUAAGAAGCUGAAUAGGUUGGAAGAGCUACUCUACAUGGACACACAGAUCAAGCAGACCAAGAAGACACUUGACGUCGACCAAUUCGCCAAGGACGAAGCCGAGCAGCAGCAGCGCCUCUUCGCCGAGGCUGCAGCUCAGUCAAGCAUGGCUGAGCCGCAGAAGGAAAGCGAGACAAAUGCUCUUGCCGACGAGUCGGAAGAAAGUCAGCGGACAGCGAAGCGUCGCAAAUCUACGGCUGAAACAGCGGGAAAGGGCUCGAAGAAAGGCAAAGGGAAAGAAAGGGAGAGCGGUAGGGGCCGCAGUGGUAGCCCGACUGCCAUGGAAGAAUAAGUAAAAAAGCCCCAAGAGCGUCGCAUCUCAUAGAUCGGACUGUAGCAUACAUUUCUGUAGCAUACCUCGUCAAGCGCAUUCAAUUGUCCAA